AUGAACUUGGUUCAGCUCAAUAGAGGCACAGAUUUGGCCCAGGGUGACGACACUGCUUUCUUGAAGCUAGCAGUUGCUUCAUGGCUGAACAAGGGACAGCCUACCCCCAACCCACUGAUCUCUUCAUGGGACAAGUCUGGCCAUGGAUUUUAUAGCGAUUUGACUGCAGAACUUCUCUGUCCUGUAGACUUUAACUGGGCAGAUAAGAGUACACAGGAAGGGAUACGAAACUACAAGCAUGACUUCCAAGUUACUGCACACUCUUGGCCAACAUUCAUGUACAAGGAUGGUAGGUAUGAUCAUGAGGACUCGAUGAAAGGGCUUUUCAAAGGUGCUUUGCUUGUCAGGAUGUUCAAACACAUCUUUACAUCCCCUAGCUCUGCCAGCAAGAUGUGA